AUGAUAUCAUUACAAUCCCUAGUAUACAUACACCUCAAUCUGUCUCUCGCUUUAGCGGCGGCAAUGAGCAAGAAGCAACAAGUUACACAUUAUCCCAAAGUACAAACUACACUCAUUAUCAUUACUCAUAGACUCCAGACCGCAUACCUCAUUAAACUAUAUCCCCUCAAAUACAAUCCACAGUGGAACAAGCGGAGGCAAUUGAACCAAUGGGGAAAUCGGGUAAAGGGAUUAUUCAGCGACAACCGAUAUCUGAUCUAUACCCGAGAGAAAUUGAUAAGCUAUAUACAGAUGCGGACAUAA